ACUGCCAUACUCUCUCCUCUCUCUCUCUCUCUUCCCCAGCUGGUGCUAUUAUUACCAUCAGCCCCUCCCAUUUCCAAAAAUUUGCACUUCUUCUCUCACACGCGCAAGAGAGAGAGAGAGCUUAGCCACCCCCCUCUCCAAUGGCAGCCGCCGCCACGGCCACCACCGCCUGCUCGUCCGAGGCCGAACCCUAGCUGUAGCAGCUGUGGACUCCCUUCGGCGGCGCGCAUCCGUCCAUGGCGGCGCUCCUCGUGUUCUUGGUUCUGGUUGUGUUUGGAGGCGGCGGCGGCGCGGCGGGGGACGACGUGGCGGCGCUGCUGGAGUUCAAGAAGGGGAUUUCGGACAGGGGGAGGGACCCCGUGCUGGGAUCUUGGUCGCCGCCGGCGACGCCUGACGCCGGAGGGGGAGGCGGGGGCUGCCCGUCGGGGUGGCGCGGGGUGGUGUGCGACGGCGGCGCGGUGGUCGGCGUCGCGCUCGAUGGGCUCGGCCUCGCCGGGGAGCUCAAGCUAGUGACGCUCUCCGGCAUGCGGGCGCUGCAGAACCUGUCUCUCGCGGGUAACGCCUUCUCCGGCCGCCUGCCCCCCGGCAUCGGGUACCUCUCCUCGCUCCGCCACCUCGACCUCUCCGGGAACCGCUUCUACGGCCCCAUCCCAGGCCGCCUCGCCGACCUCUCCGGCCUCGUCCACCUCAACCUCUCCCGCAACAACUUCUCCUCGGGCUUCCCCACCGACGGGAUCCGGCAGCUUCAGAACCUCCGCCGCAUCGACCUCCGCAGCAACUCCUUCUGGGGCAAUGCCGGCGAUCUGCUCACCCAGCUCCGCAACGCCGAGUACAUUGAUCUGAGCGACAACCAGUUCACCGGCGCCGUCGAUUUGGACCUCGACAGCCUGUCCAGCAUAGGGAACACGGUGAGGUAUCUCAACCUCAGCAACAACAAGCUGCAAGGCGGCUUCUUCCGGAACGAGACGGUGGGGGCUUUCAAGAACCUGGAGGUUCUUGAUUUGAGCAGCAGUGGGAUUGCUGGGGUGGUGCCAAGGAUCGAUGCGUGGUUCUCGCUGGCGGUUUUCAGGGUCGCCGGCAAUGCGCUUUCCGGUACGAUGCCUGAGGCACUCCUCCAGAACUCGAUGCGCCUUGUUGAGGUUGAUCUCAGCCAGAAUGGCUUUUCAGGGCCAGUUCCAGCUGUGAAUUCGACGACUUUGAAAUUGUUGAAUCUCUCUUCAAAUACGCUCUCAGGUUCCUUGCCAUCCACUGUUGGCAAGUGUAUCUCAGUUGAUCUGAGUGGGAACCAGCUUUCUGGGGACCUAGCUAUACUGCGUGCUUGGGACAGUACAGUGGAGGUGAUUGACUUGAGUUCAAACAAACUGGAGGGAAGCUACCCAAAUGAUGCUUCCCAGUUCCAGAACUUGGUCUCCCUGAAGCUGCGGAAGAAUGCAUUAUCCGGAUCUAUUCCUUCAGUGCUGGGAACCUAUCAGAAGUUAUCCUUCCUUGAUCUCAGUCUAAAUUCACUUGGUGGACCUGUUUUGCCUUCCUUCUUUCUGUCAAGCACCUUGACAGUGCUGAAUCUUUCUGGAAACAAAUUCACUGGGGCUAUUCCAUUUCAGAGCACCCAUUCAACGGAGUCACUUGAGCUAAAUUCUCAGUCAGUUCUCAGGAUCGUUGAUCUGUCCAGUAAUUCUUUGUCUGGUCCGUUGCCACCAGACAUUUCUAACUUGCGAAAACUUGAGUUCCUUACUCUUGCGAUGAAUGAUUUGUCUGGGGAGAUUCCAAGUGAGAUAAACAAACUUCAAGGAUUGGAGUAUCUCGAUCUAUCACACAAUCACUUCACUGGCAGCAUUCCUGAUAUGCCCCAGACUAGUUUGAAAAUAUUCAAUGUAUCUUACAAUGAUCUGCAAGGAACUGUUCCUAAAAGUGUUGAAAAAUUCCCCCUAUCUUGCUUUAGACCUGGAAACGACCUAUUAGUUUUUCCAGAUGGUCUUCCUGCUGGAAAUUAUGAUGAUACAGGAGUUGCUCAGAGUAGAUCAUCUCAUGGACAAAAGGCUGGUGUUCGUGUCGCUCUUAUUGUUGGCUGCAUUGGAGCUGCCUUGCUUGUGAUCUUCAUCGCAUUGGCAGUGUAUGUGGUCAGGUCUCAAGAGCUUUGCGGAAGAAAUGGAUUUAGAGGUCAGAUUACUUUUAGGGAUCUAAAACUGGGGAGAUUAAGCCGUCCAAAUCUGUUCAAGCCUCCAAAAGAUAAUGUCAUACCAACUAAAACAAGUUUCUCAAAUGAUCAUCUCUUAACAUCUGCAGCUAGAUCAUUGUCUGGCCAGAAAGAGCUGUUAGCUGAAGCUGCUGUUGAAUAUGGCUAUGCUGAUCCAAAAGAAGUCACCGAACCCUCAAGUUCAGGCAUGGCUGAGACCUCUGCUGCAGUCCCUGUUCUGGAGUCCUCUCCACGGACUGCUCUGCCAACAUCACCACAUUUUAUUGAUAGUAGAUUCCAUGAGGAACCUGUGGCUUUUGAAGUGUACUCACCAGAUCGGUUGGUUGGAGAAUUGAUUUUCCUAGACAGCACUUUGGUUUUCACAGCUGAAGACCUGUCCCGAGCACCAGCAGAGGUUCUUGGAAGGAGCAGUCAUGGCACAACAUACAAAGCCGCAUUACAAAGUGGCCAUGUCCUGACAGUGAAGUGGCUGCGUGUUGGUCUCGUAAAGCAUAAAAAGGAAUUCACCAAGGAGAUAAAGAGGAUUGGGACCAUCAGGCAUCCAAAUAUAAUUUCAUGGAGAGCCUUCUAUUGGGGUCCGAAGGAGCAAGAAAGACUAAUUAUUUCUGACUAUGUCAAUGGCGACAGCUUGGCUCUUUAUCUUUAUGAGUCAACUCCCAGAAGAUACUCCCGCUUGUCAGUUUCUCAACGGCUCAAAAUUGCAAUCGACCUGGCACGCUGCCUCCAGUUCUUGCACCAUGAGAAGGGCCUGCCUCAUGGCAACCUAAAGCCAACCAAUAUAUUCUUGAUGGGUCCUGAUCUCUCCCCAAAGCUGGUCGAUUAUGGUCUGCAUCGGUUCAUGACUCCCAGUGGCACUGCUGAGCAAAUACUGAACUUAGGGGCAUUAGGGUACCGAGCCCCAGAACUGGCGAACACAACCAAGCCAAUGCCAUCAUUUAAAGCUGACGUGUACGCAUUUGGGGUGAUUGUUAUGGAGAUGUUGACACGAAAGAGUGCCGGGGACAUAAUUUCGGGUCAAUCCGGUGCUGUUGAUCUGACCGACUGGGUUCAAAUGUGCAACAGGGAAGGACGAGGAACUGAUUGUUUCGAUCGGGACAUCACAGGCUUGGAAGAAUCUCCGAGGGUGAUGGACGAGCUGCUCGCAAUCUCUCUUAGAUGUAUUCUUCCUGUAAAUGAGAGGCCUAACAUGAAGACGGUCUGUGACGAUCUGUGUUCCAUAACAGUGUGAGUUUCGUUUAAUUUCCCGUGUACAUGUAACCGAUUUUUCGUUCAUCCCAAUUUUUUUCGUGGGUUUUCCAGAGCCUUGUAGCCAGGGUUUGUUUGAUUGGUAACUCGUAGUGUAAAGAGGAUUUGAUCCAUCCAUCCAUUGAUUGAUUGAUACCAUUGCCAUCUUU